AUGGGCCUCGCCGCUCCAGCCUUCGACACAGACGUUGGCCAUAAGGUUGAAUACAAGAUUCGUGACAUUGGAACACGCUCUGUUACCCUCUUCCCCACCCAAGCACAGGUCAAGAGAGAAAUCAAGGACGUGCCUCUCAAGCCUGGAGUCAACGAGAUAUCCAUUGUCGGGCUGAGCCCAACCAUUGAUAAAAAUUCGGUCACCGUUGAAGGUAGCGGUGCCGCUACCAUUACGGGCAUCAGUGUUGAAUUUCUCCCCAAUCGCGAACUUUUCGACGAAGUCUAUCCAAACUCCGAUGAUGAUGAUGAUGAUAAUUCAGACAGUGACGAUGAAGAAGAAGAAGGUGAACCCCCAGAAUUGCCACAUUAUGGGCAGUUGCUGGAAACCAAGACGAAACUCAUCGAGCUCAAAGACGAACAGCAGCGAGCCAGAGAAAUUAUUGGCAAUGCUGAUGAGCGUAUCAAGGUCCUUGACAUUUACUCCAAGUCUCUUGAUAAGAGAGAGGGUGUUAAUAUUAGUGAGAUGCUUGACACCUAUAAGCAAGAGCACCAAAAAGCUUUUGAAGAACGUCUAGUCGGCGUGCAGAGGGAGCGAGAACUCACGGAGGCCAUUAGCAAGGUUACCAAGGAGCAGAUGCGUUUGAACAAACUUGGAAACAAGUUUCAAAAGAAGGAGGCCAAGAACAAGGCCAGAAUCCAAAAAUCCGUCCAGAAAAAGCAGGAACAGCGCCAGAAGCGUCAAGAGGAGAAGCGCAAGGAAAAGGAGCGUAUUCGCAACGAGCGCUCACGUUGCUGGCCGCUCUUCUGCUAUACCAUACACAUACAACUUGAGGUGAGCUCAUCCUACACGCCGGCUUCCUCUCGCCGGGAAUCAGUAUCCAGCGAGGUUGAACUUGUUCAGCGGCCCAGGAGUAAGACUGCAGACCUGGAAGAGACAUCCUGCUGCAACCUUGUGUUGUCAUAUGUGACCAACUCGGCAUUCUGGACUCCCACUUAUGACAUCCAACUGUCAACUGUUGACUCCACGGGUACGCUUUGCUUCGAUGCAGGUCUGCAUAACACAACAUCUGAGACGUGGGAAAACUGCAAGAUCACACUGUCAACCUCUCAGGCAACAUCUUCGAGCCUUGACGAGUCGAUUCCCAGUCUCACACCCUGGCAUAUCAAACUGGGUAACAAAAAGUCCUCAUCUGGCGAGACUGGCGCUUUUGAAAGUGUGGUGGAACUUCAGCAACAGGCCACUUGGCGUAACAAGAAACAAGGACCACAGCAGCCUCCCAACUUCAGGCGCGAAAUGUUUGGUCUUCCAGGCCAAGCUCUGAAUGACUAUCAGCUGCAGUUGAUGAUGUUGGAACAGCAGAAUAAGAAGAGGCUGAUGAUGGCUAGACAGGAGCAGGAUUCCAUGGCUCCACCUGCUCCUCAUACUUUCCCUCCCCCUCCCCCUCUUGUUCCUACUGCUGCGAUGAUGAUGCAGCAACAAGCGCAAGCUCAAGCGCAAGCGUCGCAGAUGCGACAGCCCCAGUCACUUGGCAUGAUGACUAUGGACCAAGUGGCACAAUCCCAACAGAUCCAGCAACAGCAACAGCAACAGCAACAGCAGUUCCCAGGAAUGUCACAGAUGGACUUUUCCUCUAACUUCGACUUCGAUGCCUUUCUAGGUGAAGAUGCAACUAUGACAGAUGCUCAGCCAUCCCUCGAAUUCCAAAAUUCUCUUGUUGAAGAGACCGGCUUCACCACAAUCUUCGAUCUUCCCGGCCUCAAGACUCUCGUGCCCAAGUUCACCGUUUCGAAGCAACGUGUUGCUCGCCUGCAGUUUACCAAUGUUCUGUUCAGCCACACCAUUGUGGCUAAAUAUCAGCCAGUGGCUUAUCUCAAAGCCAAACUCAAGAACAACAGUAAAAUUACUUUACUCCGUGGUCCUGCGAGCUUGACACUUGACGGUAGCUUCAUGGGGCAGAGCAAAAUUCCUCGAUGUAGCUCCGGCGAAGUCUUUACUCUGAGUCUGGGUGUGGACUCAGCGAUCAGAGUCACUUACCCAAGGCCUGAUGUCCGAAGAAGCACGACUGGAGUGUUCAGCAAAGAAGACAGCUCUGUCUAUGUUCGCGCUGUCACAGUACACAACACCCGCGUCACUGCCAAAAAGCCCGUUGGCCUUCUGGUGCUGGAUCAAAUCCCUGUUUCAGAGGACGAUCGCCUCCGAGUUGAGUUACUCAGUCCUCGAGGCUUGACUGUUGAAGGACCGCGUCAAGCGACUGGCACUCCUGGACGUGAAACUGCAGAGGAUAAAGACUGGGGCAAAGCUAUGGCAUCUCUUAAGAAGAGCGGACAGGUUUCGUGGGAGGUCUCGCUGAAUGCAGGUAAGGCCGUAAAACUGGAACUCGAGUACUCGGUUUCGAUGCCAAGUGGCGAUGUUGCGAAGGAAUGUUGA